AUGGCCACCUCGACCGAGACUGUUGCUAUUGGCAACUCCACUGGAGGAGCCGGCAUCCUUGGGUCAUCGUCAAAGGCUCCGCUACAGCUAAGCGGAGCGUUGGAGAAGUAUGACUCCUUCGACGUUACUCCUGUCAUUGGGCGGGAGUAUCCAAACGUCAGCCUCAAGGAGUGGCUCGAUGCGCCCAACAGUGACGAGCUCAUCAGGGACUUGGCUAUCACCAUUUCGCAGCGCGGCGUCGUCUUCUUCCGUCGUCAAGAUGGUUUGGAUAAUGACCUCCAGAAGAAGCUGGCGCAGAAGUUGGGCGAGCUCUCAGGCAAGCCAUCCACAUCGAAGCUGCACAUCCACCCAGUAUCGAACAGCGGUCGCAAGCUUGGUGGCAACGACGAUCAAAUCAGCGUCAUCUCCUCAGAGCAGCAGAAGACUCUCUAUGCCAACCGCUUCGAAACGAAGAAGCAGAGCAGCAAGGAAGGCUGGCACAGCGACAUCACCUUCGAGCCCAUUCCCAGCGACUAUGCCAUCUUGCGCCUGACCGAGUUGCCCAAGACUGGCGGCGAUACGUUGUGGGCCUCCGGCUAUGAUGUCUACGACAGGAUCUCGCCAGCUUACCAGAAGUUCCUCGAGACCUUGACGGUGACGUGCGCGCAACCCAUCUUCAAUGAGAGCGCCAAGAACAACAAUUUCGAGCUCUACAGCGGUGAGCGAGGUGCGCCGGAAAAUACAGGGACGGAUCUCAAAGCGGUUCAUCCAGUGGUUCGUACCAAUCCCGUCACUGGCUGGAAGAGUAUCUAUGCGGUCGGUCAUCAUGCAAAGCGUAUCAAUGAGGUUGAAGUGUCCGAGAGCGACCAUUUGUUGAAAUGGUUCGUGCAGCUCAUUACGGAGAACCACGACCUUCAAGUCAGAUACCGCUGGCAGAGUCCGAAUGACGUUGCCAUCUGGGAUAAUCGCAGCGUGUUCCAUACCGCGACGUAUGAUUAUGAUGGUCUGGGACCUAGGACUGGACAGCGAGCUGUCAGUCUGGGAGAGCGACCCUAUUUGGAUGAGAAUAGUACGGGCCGCCGUGAGGCACUCUCGAAGGUUUCAUAA